AGUGGGCGCGGGGGGCCCGCUGGCGGCCGCGGCCGCGGCCCGCUGUCGCCCCGCCCCGCCGCAUGGCAGGGGCCUCUGCGGCGCCAGGCUUGCGCGCCCCGAGCCACAGGCGCGCGCGCGAUGGCCGUGGCCGAGAACAGGCCGAAGGUCGUUGAGAUCCGGCGCGUCGUGGGCGUCGCGUCGACGCCCGCGCGCAUCCAGGACUUCCAGACGUCGGCCGGCGCGGCCGAGGCCUCGGGCCUGGCGGGAGCGGCGCGCCCUGGCGCGCUGCCCCCUCGCUGCGAGACGUUCCUGGAGGCCUCCCCCGCGGGCGCGCCGCUCUCGAGCCCCGGCCAGGACCGGGCGGCUGGAGGUCCUGGCCCACCGCGGCCUCGCCACGACGGUCGAGAGGCCCCAAGACCCCGGCGCGGGCCGUGCUGGCCCCCUGCCAGCGUGUGUGGUGCAGGCGGACCCCACCUCGCCCUCGCCCGACCACGCUUACGCCGCUGGCGACAGGGUGCUCUACUGGAGCGAGACCUACACCACGUGGAUGAACGCCGUGGUGCGCGCGGUGCGCUUGGAGGGCGGAGCGGUGCAGAGCUGCGACCUCGACGUGCGCCGGGGCGCCCUGCCGGAGCGCAUCAGGCCCGACCCCGACGCGGCCAGCGAGCCGCGGCGCGCGGUCUCCACCGCCGUCUGCGGGGCGCUCUCGCGCUGCGGCAGCGACCUGGGCGCCGAGAGCGCGGCGCCCGCGCCUGGCUCGCCUCCCGGGCGCGUGGCCGCGGGCAUCACGGUCGCCGACCUGCGCGGCGUGCCGGGCCAGGUCGCUGGCGCGAGGCAGGCCGUGCCGACGAGCGCGGCCUCCGGGGCCGAG